UUUGGCAUGUGGGGCACACACACCAAACACCGAUAGCCAAUGGCAGUACAGUACUCAGUAAUGAUCCACGCGUGGUGCUGUGGUGAACAUCUCCAUCAUCCACUGAAUACCAACUAGAGCAUCAGGCGGACGUGUCCUGCUGACAACAAAUACGAGGGUGCGAGUUGGGAUAAAGAACAAAACACUGACAUUUCUGCAGCUAAAACUACUACUUGUGUCGUCGAGCGGAUUUCACAAAGGACAUUGUCACUGAGUACGUGCUACCCAAGUUCGGACCGAUGUGGAAACCUCUGGGCGUUAUCUUCCAGGCUGCCAUGGUUACGCCGUAAAAGGGUAGUAUUUAUUGUAACAUUUGUGAUUUCAACGAGAUCAUGGGCUCCAGGCUCAGCCGCCAGAACAGUCUCGACAACGAGAAUUUUUCAAGGAGGCGACGGAAACAUCUCGACAGUACGGGAGAGAGCGAUCGGAGCGGAGACUUCUUGUUUACAUCCCUGAUGCUCAGGUCGGAUAAGCUGCCGGGGAUGCUGAGGAGAGCCAACCACAGCCCGUAUGUCAGACGAGUCGCCUGGGUCCGAGAGAUUCAGAAGCUCCUUCGGGAGAGGAAGAGAGAAGAGGCGACGGACGUGCUCAAACUGUUGAGGAAGGACCUGGGAUUAGAGGGUACGUCACUCAAUGAUAUCCUCUAUAAGAACGCAUCCUUUCUAAACCUGGUGGACCCCAUAUCUCAUGAGCUCCUGCUGAGCCUGGCCAGAGACAUGCAGUGCCCAAAGAAGGACUCAGACACACUGAAGUCAUCUGAUAAAAUCUGCAGACAGCUCAUCUACCACCUGACCCCUCACUCCAAGUGGCUCAGAAAAAGUAUGACCCGGAGAAAGGCCCAGGCCUGUCUUAAAACAACACUUCAGAAGAAGCUCUGCAGUGACUCUGUGGACCUCUCUGGCAUCCCUUUAUCAACUCGCGACAUACGGCAUGUGGCGUAUUACCUCCAGACCAGUGGGGGCGCUGUGAUAUCCGUAGAUCUUAGUUUCACUGAGCUCCGGGAUGAGGGCCUACGUCUACUUCUGCCCUUCCUGGGUGCAUUGCCCAAACUCACAACACUGGCUCUCAAUGGGAACCGUCUGACUCUUGGCAUCCUUAAAGAUCUGACUGAAGCCCUCAAAGAUUCCAAGAAGUUCAGUUGUCUUGCCUGGGUUGACCUGGGCAACAACGUGGACAUAUUUACCAUGCCACAGCCUCUUCUGGUGGCCCUACGUCGACGCUGUAGUCUAAAGGGCAGUCUGCCCACCAUCUAUGAGUACACAGAGGGUCAGCCCUAUUGCUACCGCAUGGAGAGCUCAAUUGAAGAACCUAGCCACUAUGAAGAAGAGGAGGAUGAAGACGAGGAGGAGGAAGAGGAUCUGGAGCCAUGGAGCAUCGGGGAACACAAAAGUUCAGGUAGUUUUACCCUGCACCAUUGUGAGAGGUGAGCCAAUCACGAUCAUUGUGACCUAACGAUGGGAUAAAGAAAGAACGGGAGAGUGCAGGCAAGAGAUCUCUCUUCUCUCAGUACCAUUUUCCCAAUCAACACCUUUUACCAUCUCCCUCCUCCACUGCAGCUCCAUGACCUUCCCAUUGCGGUUAUGUGUGAACCAACAGCAUCACAUUUAAAGAGCCAACUAACCACCUGAACACAGCAAACGGUGAAACGCGCUGGUUUGAAAUUCUCUCAAAGCUUCACCAUUGACUUACUGUGUUGGCAGAUGACGCUCCUUGACUCGAGGUGGGGGUUCAUUGGAGGCGUCCACAGAGAGUUGCAUUAAAGAUGCUUUCUUACGCCCCUCUUCGGUCACGAAUGACCAGUGAUGGACAGGAAAAAAUGCCAAUAAAAAAUCCUUGAGUCAGUCAACUGGCUGAUGCAUACCAACGGAGGAUUUGAAGCUCUACGGACCCGGCUUUUAACUAAGGUAUGGUUAGGAAUUUUGUGGGGUCUGGUCAGGUUUAGUUGUAUUUGUCAGUGUUGCAUUGCUGAGGCCGUCUCUGCCACAGCAGACCGGACCUAUCACCACUCUGUGUGUGCUCUACUAAUCUCCCAACAAAAGCCAUGAAACCAGCUCAACAGACUAUACAGCCGACCCACGUCACGUGACGCAAGCAAAACUGCUAUGUCAAGACUUUUGCAUUUUCCCCCCCUUUCCAAAAUGUUCACUUGUGUAUACCCACGCACCACUUAUCGUGUAGUUGUGAAUGAUGAAACAAAAAGGAAACGCUGUUGAACUGUCAGCAUCUUGUUUUUGUUGUCUGCUAAUGAUGAACAAACUAUCUUAGAAGACAACAGGUGUAUUUCAACAAAGAAACAUUUUUGUUGUAUAUGAGAAGAUUGCUCACCUUUUUAUGUUCAGGUCAUCUUAAAUAUACCUCUUAAAUAUGUCUUGCUGUGUCAUUGCCGUGCUGCUCCCUUUGGAAUCGUCCAUUGAAAUAUGGUGGGUCAUUAUGCUACAUUUCUGUAUGGUGUAUUUUAAUAUCUGGAGCACAUUGAUUAAUCAUGUCUGGUCAACUUUACUAAAACUUUCUUAAAUGUUCUUAGCAUCAUGCUCAAAAUAAUCUUGCCUGUAACACAGAGUUGCAGCAACACCCCUUCUAUUUUAAAUCAAAUUUUGGUCAUUAAUCAUAAAAUUAAAGGGAUACUCCAUCCCAAAAUGAAAAUUUUGUCAUUAAUCACUUACCCCCAUGUCGUUCCAAACCCGUAA